UCACACACACACACACACACGCGUGCGCGCGCUCUUUAACUAGGGGGACGGGCGAUGAGUGACAGGCCGCGCAGUAGCCGCAGAGGCGAUGUAGUCUGUCCUACUGUACACUGAUGCGAUUAAGCCACUCUGCUUUGGCUAAAAAGCGAGACGGGGUUUCUCACAGCUUUACACACUUUGAUGCGCCGUUUGGCUGAUGACAUUUCCACCCCUAAAACAAGAGGACACCUUGUGGAAGCAGCUGCAUGAGCGAGUCUCUGCUGUCGCGUGCACGACGACCGACUUGUCCAAAGCGGUGCAGGAGAGAAAAACACUUCGCCGUGAGCUCUAGUUUGAAUGAAUGAAGACAGUGUGGGAUUGAGAGAGCGCAAUGGAGAGCGAGGUUCCGAGCUGCGAGGACGUGCGGAAGAGCGGCUACCUCCGCAAGCAGAAGUCCAUGCACCGCCGUUACUUCGUGCUGCGCGCGGCCUCAGAGCGCGGUCCGGCCCGACUGGAGUACUACGAGAGCGAGAAGAAGUUCCGCGGAGGGAAAGCAGCUGCGCCCAAACGGGCCCUCGCGCUGGAGACGUGCUUCAACAUCAACAAGCGCGCCGACGCCAAGCACAAGCACAUGAUCGUGCUGUACACGCGCGCUGAAAGCUUCGCCGUGGCCGCAGACAGUGAGGCGGACCAGGACGAGUGGUACCGCGCACUGCUCGAGCUUCACUGCAAGAGUAAAGCACUGUGGGAUGGAAAGUCUGGAGAUUAUGGUGUGCCAUCCCCCGGGCCUGCGUUUAAGGAGGUCUGGCAAGUUAAAGUUUGGCCGAAAGGUCUCGGGCAAGCUAAAAACCUAGUUGGUAUAUACAGACUCUGCCUAACAGAAAAGACAGUCAACUUUGUCAAGCUCAAUUCAGACGCAGCAGCUGUAGUAUUACAGCUGAUGAAUGUCAGACGUUGUGGCCACUCUGAAAAUUUCUUCUUUGUGGAGGUUGGCAGAUCAGCAGUAACUGGACCUGGAGAGUUUUGGAUGCAGGUGGAAGAUUCAGUUGUGGCACAAAACAUGCAUGAGACUUUACUUGAAGCCAUGAAGGCCCUAAGUGAGGAGUUUCGGCAGCGCAGUAAGUCACAGUCAACUACAGCAGGUGGAGGGGGUGGUGCAACUGCAUCUAAUCCAAUCAGUGUUCCAUCUCGUCGCCACCACCCAAACCCUCCACCCAGUCAAGUGGGAUUUAUCAGACGACCUCGUACAGAGCCACCAGGAGCUACUGGAGGAGGUGGCACAAGCAACAAUGCCUCCCCUACACCUCGGCAUGGAUUGUCAAGAGCUUGUAACUCCAGUGAUGGAGCAAAAGUAGAGGAAGGCAUGAAUGCAGAGACAAAGGGUGUUAAUUCCAGUUCAAGUCCCACCACAAAUGGAUCCUGUACUAGCACGCCCAUUCUCAGGUCUACAUCUGUCCGUGCUCCUACACCAGUCAAAGCACAGCAUGCUCUGAUGAGGUCCGUCUCGACUCCAGUCUCUUCGCCUGCUCAAAACCCCUCCUCAUACUCAGGCAAUGUGUCUGAAUUUGUGGGCACAGGUACUGGAACCACUGCAGCUGGCGGAACUGGAAAUGGAAGCACUUACAAACGAAUGCCUCUCCGCCAGCCCUCAGUUUCUGGUUCACUCAGUGACUAUGGUUCUUCAGAUGAAUAUGGUUCCAGCCCAGGUGAGAAUUCUUUGCUGACAACAAGUAUUCAGGCAGGCUCUGUAGGUAGCUCAGGUGGAGAUGAAGCUGCCAACUAUAUCAUUAUGGCACAGAAAGGGGCAUCCAAUUCAUUGCCACGUGACAACUCUCUGCCUCAGACUAGAAGGGUGUUGCGCCGUUUUUCGGGUCGUGAAUGUGACCCUGAACGUAGGAUGGUCAGUAAAAGGGCGUCUCUGCCACCCAUGGCUCUUGAGAGACUUGGAACUUAUCGCAAAGGAGGAGAUGUAGAGAUUGAGAAAGACAACUAUGCUGUAAUGUCUCGCAGUACCAGCCGUGAGUCUUUCAGCUCACGCCAGGAUUCAGAAUCUCUAGGUGGCACCAGAUAUCUCGAUCUAGCUGCAGAGCCCAAAGUUGAAGCAGGAAGCUGUGGUUCAGAUGGAUUGUCAAUUACUGGUAAUGGUAAUGUAGGCGGUGACAAUGGAUACAUGUCCAUGUUGCCAGGAGUAACAGCUCCACCAGUGUCCCUCUCUCACUCGCUGUCUGUAGCAGUGUCAGACACUAAAUCUGCAGAUGACUAUAUGGCUAUGACUCCCAACAAUAGUGUCUCACUUCCUCAGCAGAUCCACCUUCCUAAUUCUACCACAGAUGGCUAUAUGAUGAUGUCACCAAAUAGCAGCUGCUCCCCUGACCAGCGUUUGGUAUCAGGAGCCUCGCUUGGCAGGAACAGUGCAGACAGUAGGACUGGGAGCGAUUAUAUGAACAUGUCACCUAUCAGUGUUCGUGCCAACAGCACUCCAUCUCCUCAAGGGUCUCUUACAGCAUCUGAAAAACAUCCUCAGCAACCUCCUCCCAAAAUGGUAUAUUCUUACUAUUCCCUACCCCGUUCUUAUAAACACAGCAGCACUAAAUAUUUUGAGGAUGGUUUAGGGAGAGGAAAAAGCCUAGGUAGUGAACGUGGAAAUGGUGGUGGUCAAGGUCUUGGCAGUUGUAGAGGCAUGUCUUAUUACCAAGAAUCUGGAGUUGGAAGGCACUUGUCUUUUUCCUCUUCAUCAUAUUCAUCCAGCUCAGCUAGCAGUGAAAGUCUGGGGGAGGGUGAAGAAAAGCUCAGUCAGGUGAGAAAGACAGCUACAGGAGCUCAAGUAAAGGAUAGUGGGGCUCUGCCACAAGGACUGGGGUUUGGGGCAGCUAAACAGGGUCAGAGGAAUCGUCCUUUAAGUUUGUUUGUCGAUGUCUCCAAAGCCAAUACCUUACCCAGGGUCCGUGAGACACCAGUCCCAUCAGAACCGAAAAGUCCUGGUGAAUAUGUCAGUAUAGAGUUCAAGAGUGACAGAAGCAAAAAAGAUCCUGUUAGAGGACCUAAGCAGGGUGGUUCCAUUCCUGCCAGCUCAUGGCACCCCUUGUCUAGGCCUACUUCUUGUGUUGCUGGGUUCCUACCACAUUCCUGCAGCCCCUCAUCUGCUGUCCCUUCAUCUGUUGCUUCAGAAUAUGUCAACAUGGAGCUGGGAGCCUCUCCUUCACCAUCAUCUUUCUCCCUCACGCCCCUCGAUUUCCCUUCUUUUCCCACUCCUCCAACCCCACCUACAUUAGCACCAAAAUCUUGGGAUGAACAGAGAUCAACACCACAAAAUGAAGAAGAGGCCGAGGUGGAAAUGGCACAUAGUGGGCAUCAGCAUCUGUCAGACUCUCAAUCACUUGACUCUCCGGUACCAUGUGCAGACUACACAGAAAUGGUCUUUGGAUUAAGCUCAGACACAACCACCAACUCCACGACACCUAAAGAAUCACUGCUGGACAGACAAGAAUCCAUGGUUCCCACACUAAGCCUGGGCCUUAAUUUAGAUUUUCCAAUUCCCAAAGCUCCAAAUCCAGAUCAUGGUGCUAAGGUAAUAAGGGCAGACCCUCAAGCCCGUCGGCGCCACUGUUCUGAAACUUUCUUGGCCCCUUCUUCAUUGUCCUCAUGCCCCGUAAGUUCCUCCUCUUCUAUGUGCAUGAUCAGUGACCACACUCAAAAUGUAGCACGCCGGCUUGCUUUAGACGGCAUUUUGAGUGGCAGUGGAAACUUGCUAGAAAUCACAAAUCACCAUGAAAACCACGCAAUAUCUAACAUAAACUCUAUCCAGACCUCAUCUACAGAGCAGGGGCUCAACUACAUAGACCUAGAUUUGGCUACAAGAGACAGCUCACAUCUUGUUGUUGAUGUUCAGACUGCUGGCCAAACAGCAGCACGGCUCUUUUCAUCUGUUUUGGGUAGUGGAGCAUCUGGAGGUGCUGGAGGAACAGGAGGUCUGAGUAGCAAUGCUUCAAAUCUCAACACAUAUGCUAGCAUAGACUUCUACAAGUCAGAGGAGCUACGUUCACACCAAGGCAGCAACAGCAGCAAAGACAGUACAGAAUGUUGAAGUAAUGCCCUGGUCCUCUGGAAUACUGAGGAAUGAAGUCUGAGAGUUUUCCUGAACACAAAUUGUGUGACAGUUAGACUGUUAGAAAACAAAUGGCGAGGCGUGUGUGUGUGUGUGUGUGUGCGCGUGUGUGCGCGUUUGCGUGUGUGUGUGUCGCACACAAGGUUCAGCCACCUCUUUGGCACUUUGAAAAAAGACUGAUAAACCAUUUUGUCUGUUUUUAGUUUAACAUGUUGCAGCAUCCAAUAAGAGUGAAUGCCAAAAGAACUCUCCAUGCUGCCCAGAUUGGUUUUGUAACAAAAAAAACCACAGCCAAUCAAAAGACAGCAUGAAAAACGCCUGCCGAGCAAGAGCCAAUGAGGUCCAGCAGUCAGGCGCGUGAACAGUUUGCCAAAAGGAUUCAGUCAAACAAUGGAGGAACUUGAGGAUCACAAAUCUUGAAUUAUGAAUAGCUUGAAAAAAGUGCCUAUUGUUUUGCUUGUCAUUAUUUGAGAGAAGCCUUACAGCUUGAUUUUGAAGAACUGCUGGGAAGGAAAAAGAUGUGUGAAUUGUUCUGAUGAUGGUGAUGCUCUAAGACUCUGUGCUGUCAUGUUUAGUUAAUUAGUGUAGCGGCUUUAUUAUAAGUCUCAGUACUCUGGACUGUCACACCCCUAACUGUCUCUGUCCAUUUCUUCUCCUUCUCUCACCUCUCACAGUUUCCUGUUUCGUCUCUAUUUUUGCUUCGUUCUUUGACAUAGUUUCAUUUUUUUCAGUGUCUCUUUUUAUCUCUUGUCUUUUUAUGUGAUUUAAAUGUCCCAACUAUGCAGUAGUACUUUAGUGCCUAUCUGUAAUUCUACACCUCUUUCACGUUCUCCUUACGGUAGCAUGUAUCCCAGUGUGCUAUUUUUAUCUGUCUCUUAAGGUGGAUUGUUUCUCCAUGAAGGUACCUGCUGUUACUUACCUCAUGCCAAACAUGCUAGCUAAUCCAGUCCAUGGUGGACGGUACAAAUUUUGUUUCAAAUAGGAAUGUGAAAGACAUUAUCGAUUUUAAGAGUUCUGUGAAUGACACCCUUUUUCACAGAAUUCAGACUCUCACCAUUUUUCUCACGAUGUUUAAAUGAAAAUAAGGAUCAGUGACUUGCCAUCAGUGUAAAAGGUAAAAUUCAUGUGUAGCAAUUUAAUACCAGCCUCUAUGUUGGUUGAUAUGAUCAAAGGCAAAAGGUGCCAAAGUUAGAGUUUAAUGAACUCUGCUUAUAGUUCUCAAAUAUCAUGAUUCAUUUUCUAAUGCUCUUCUAUUUUCGUUCUCUGGCAUUAUUCUUACUUUAAUUCAGCUUCUAAUGAUGGUUCACUGGCUUCUAAAGAUCAUUUUCAGUUUCACAAUAUUUAUGUGUAGAGAGAAGGCUGUUGUUGAACAAUGACCUGCCUCGAAAGACUUUUUAAAGAAUACACCUAAAAUGCCUAAUAAACCAUGCUGGUAUGCAGAUACAAUACACAGAAGGAUGCUGUUUUCUAAAAUCUGUACCAGCAUAUUCCCAUAUUCCUGCCUGCUCCUUAAGAUGUCUUACAGAGACAAACUGUGAAUGCCAAAGCGUUAGAGAUGUCCUGGCCUGAUAUCGAGUAGCAGUUCCCUGAAGAACACAGAAACCUUUUUUGUAGCCAAGGACCCUUUUAGCCUCAGCACCAGUUUAUUAUUAUGAACUAUUUAGAUAUAAGACUCAUUUAAAUGUGUACAAUACUCCGUCUGUUUUUUUGCAGAGCUGUUUCUUAUUAUUGAACGUUCCAAGAAAACGUUCCACAAAACGCAUAAGCUCCAAUUGACUUUAUUUAUAGGUUGAUGUGGUUUUGAAUUAGAAAGGAUUGAUUUAAACUCAUUCAGUUCUGCUCACCAGCCAAUUAUACUAAUACCAUAAUAAAAACAAUAUACUCAGUAAUGUGUCCCUGGUGGUCCAGAGGCAGGCCCCCGUGCUCUCACUACCAUUGCCCAGGCUUGAUUCCCGGGCAGAGCACCAACCCAGCCACUGAGGGGUUAACUCUCCGUGCUUGUCCCAAGCCUGGAUAAAGGAGGGUUGCGUCAGGAAGGGCAUCUGGUGCAAAACCUGUGCCAAAAUCAAAUAUGCAGAUCGGAUGAUGGCGCCUCGAACAGAGAGCAGCUAAAAGACAACUCAUUUACUCAAUAAUAGUAAGACCACAUUUUGAGAAUGACUGCAGUGAAGCACACUGUUACCACUGGUACCUCUGAUGUUUCUCAUAACUUGUCAAAGUGAACUGGCCUGGAUAUUAAACAGGGAGCAAUGUCAGAUGAGGUUUAAACAUAGUUUAUGUAAACUAAGAGCUUUUAUAUUCAGUAUUUGUAUAGCAAAUUUAAACAUUGUGAUUGGGACAUCAAAAAUAAUUUUAAUAAACUGAAGUCUUUUAAUGAGGCCAGGUAUGGGACAACAAACAUUCUCUCUCUCUCUCUCUCUCUCUCUCUCUCUCUCUCUCUUUCUCACUCUGUCUUGCUCUCUCUCUCACUCGCUGAUUAUGCAGCAAAAUCAUAAGAGGAUAUACAUUAUUGUAUACUGAGAGUGAUACAGAUGAUAGUUUUGCUACAUCAUAAUGUAAAAUAUUUUUUGUAUAUAUUUUUCUGGAGCAUUCCCACAGUUUGUUUUGCUGCUGGUUCUUCUAGCUUUUGUGGGCUUGAGAGUAGAACUUACCACCAGGGUAAAUGUUGUUAUCUUAUGUGCUAGAAUGAGUGGAUUAGAGUCACUCAUAUCAUAUUGCAGUGUGAACUGCCUAUUUGUGUUCUUGAUUCUCUGUGCAAGAAAUGAUUAAAAAAAGUGUAUACCA